AUGGAGGAGUUCAUGGAGCAGUCCACCUCGCCCUGCCGAAUCCUAAAAGCCCACCGGAUGAACAGAAAAACCAUCAACAACGAAACCCAAGCAUGGGAAUGGACCCCCUCCGAGACCAUCUUGGUAACGUUUGAGGGUGUGAGAAUCCCAGAUUACAUCAAGCUGUUUGGCCUCUACAACGUCAAGGUUCACACCUAUGUAGAACCGAUUAAAACCUGCUGGAACUGCCUCAGGUACGGUCACUCCACUAAAUUUUGCAGAGCUUAUAGGGUAUGCAGGGAUUGCGGCCAGCAAGCCGCAGAAGACAGGCAUGAGUGUCCCAUCACCUCCCAAGAGAGCGUAUGUUAUCAUUGCAAAGGAGAUCACAGAACCUUUGAUCAGUCGUGCCCCACUUAUCUGAAAAACAAAAAAAUUAAGGAGAUCAUGGCCUACGACAGCCUAGGCUUCUGGGAGGCUAAAGAACUAGUCGACGAGCUUCUUAGCUCUCUCAAACCUAAGAACAUCGCUAAACAGGCCCCUUCCUACAAAGACUUCAUGGUCACAAGGAAAACCCAACAUAAAAGGUAGCGAAGACAAAACUAGCUUCCAUAGCCUGAAUAACACUGAGCAACAAGAUAAAGAGAACAUACCUGUUGAAAGAGCUACU